AUGGCGAUGGAGGGCUACGACCGCGAGUUCUGGCAGUUCGGCGACCAGCUCCGCCUCCAGACGGCCACCUUCUCCGGCCUCUCCCUCGGCGACUCCAUCUGGUCCCCCGCCGACGCCGCCCCCCGCGCCCGCAACGCCGACCCCGGCCUCUUCUCCCCCUCCCAGGCGGCCCACAACAACGCCGGAACCGGAUUCGCCGCCGCCAAGAUGAACGGCAGCCUCAACGGGCCCGGCCUCAUCGGCUCCGGCAAGCUCGCCUUCGGCGCCACCACCACCAGCAAGGCCGACCGCUACAACAACGUCAGCCUCCCCGCCGCCGCCGACGCCAAGCCCUACGCCAACGCCAACGGCCUGUACGGUGCCAAGCCCAACAACACCAAUAACAACGGCUUCGGGCUCAACAAGAUGGCUGCCGGCGGCGGGGGCUACAGCAACUUCAACGGCGGCAACGAGGGGGUGAAGAGCUACUUCAACAAGUCCAUCGGGAGGCCGGCCAGCAACAACAACAGCAGCAGCAACAACUUCAGCGGCUACGGCGGCAAGAAGGGCGCCGCGGACGGCAAGAAGAAGCACGCCAAGAACGAGCGAGGGGACAACAACCACGGCGCCGCGUCGGAGAAGCGGUUCAAGACGCUGCCGGCGUCCGAGGCGCUGCCCCGGAACGAGCCCAUCGGCGGCUACAUCUUCGUCUGCAACAACGACACCAUGGAGGAGAACCUCAAGAGGCAGCUCUUCGGGUUGCCAUCCAGAUACAGAGAUUCAGUGAGGGCGAUCAGGCCAGGGCUGCCCCUCUUCCUCUACAACUACUCCACCCACCAGCUCCACGGCAUCUUCGAGGCUGCGAGCUUUGGCGGAGCGAACAUCGACCCGGCGGCCUGGGAGGACAAGAAGUGCAACGGCGAGUCUCGCUUCCCUGCACAGGUGAGGGUGGCCACAAGGAAGAUCUGCGACCCACUGGAGGAGGACGCCUUCCGCCCUAUCCUGCACCACUACGACGGGCCCAAGUUCCGGCUGGAGCUCAGCAUCACCGAGGCUCUCUCCCUUCUUGAUAUAUUUGAAGACAAGGACGAUGCCUGA